AGCUUCACGUGAAUUUACCGUUUAGCUUCGCACGCGAGAUUGACCAUAUGCGAAACAGCAACUCGUGUUUUCUCCUAAAUUGCGGCAUAUUGACUCAGUAGCGGGAUGAACAGCGCAGUGUACCCUCCUUUGGCCACACCCACUGACAUGUUCAACAACAUGCCCGGCUAUGAGGGCAUGGGUCAAGGUGGUGGAGGUUUCCUGCCACCCCCCAUGCCCACCGAGCCGGUGGCCCCGCCCCAACCGGGCCCCGAGCCCGAGGACUGGAGCAUUCCGUCGUUGUCCGAGGACGUGGCCCGCGAGGCAUUCAAGAGCUUCGCCGCGUCCAACUGCUGCUAUAGCAAAGCGCCCGCCACGGACGGCGUUAUCACGCAGAUGGAGCCGUUCAACACUUACAGGUACCGACUGGAGACCUUCACCGAGUCCAGAUCAACCGAGUGGGGCAACAAACCUCAUGAAGGAGAGAUGCCUGACUUCUACACCCAAACUGCACCUCGACCUUGGGAGAUCCAGGCCACGCCCCCCAAUUUGUUCACCAAUCACACGGAGCUAAUCCGCGUACCCUACACGUCAUCUGUAAAGGAUUGUCAUGACUGCAGCGCAACAGGCAAAAUGCCUUGCAAGGAGUGCGAUGGAAGUGGACAUAAAUCAUGCUGGGUGUGUCACGGCAAAGGCACCAAUAACGACCAGGACUGCUCUCGCUGUAACGCUACAGGCAAAGAAAGGUGCAGGAAGUGUGACGCGAAGGGCUACGAGAACUGUGACACGUGUAAAGGAAAGCGACAACUGCUGACUUUCAUCCAGCUCAAAGUGGAAUGGACGAACAACGUGGAAGAUCACUUGGUGGAGCAGAACAGUGGCUUGACGCUCGAUGACCUGCGCUCAGUUAGCGGCAAGGAGCUUUUCAAGAACAACCAGUACUUGGUUUACCCUCUGAUGGGCUUCCCCCACCCAGCCAUUGGCGAGGCGUCGGCGCGUCUGGUGCAAGAGCACCAGGCCAAGUACGCGCAGAACUCCAGGAUCCUGCAGCAGAGGCAAACGGUGGAGUUGAUCCCGAUCACCAAAGUGAGCUACAAGUGGAAAGGCGACUCUCACGUGUUUUACGUGUUUGGCAACGAGCAGCAAGUCAGCGCCGACAAUUACCCGGCCAAAUGCUGCUGCGUCAUCCUCUAAGACAGGAAGUGCCGGGCGUCCUCCACUUCCUGUUUUGGUUCUUUAGUCUCUGCGUGACCACUGGCAGAGACAAAAUGUGAAAAAGUCGUCAGAUUUGUCCUGCCAAUGCUAGAAAUCAGCUUGAAAUAUCCCAAUUUACUUCAUGAGAAAUUAAUAGAACUAGAAAAAGUGCAUUCUGUAGGCAGAAAUGACAUAAUUCUAGCAUUAAAUUGGAUUCUAAAUCAUUAUUUACUAUCACUGUCCUAUCACUGUAUGAAAAAAAUCUCAUGAAAUUAUAGAUAAUAUCUUGUUUUACACUGUCUAAUUAAAAGAAUUAUUAAAAUUAAUUAAACACAAUUUCUCAUAUUCAAAACUAGACCCAUUCAAAAUCUUAAUGCUGUUUGUUCAACCAUCUCAGGCCGUGUUCUGUGGAUUUAAAAUAAUACAUCAUGUGAAAUAAUUGUUUUUCUUCACUUAAUUGCAUUUUUUUGGAUGAGCUCAAACUACGUUUUUGCAAAUUCAAACAAUAUCCAGUCCAGUCAAUAACAUUUGCUCGGUUUUAUCGGUUUAAUUCAGCAUUAUAAAUAUAUAAAGUAUAUAUAUUAGGGCUGUCAAACGAUUAAGAUUUUUAAUCGAGUUAAUCACAGCUUAAAAAUUAAUCGUAAUAAAUCGCAAUUCAAACCAUCUAUAAAAUAUGCCAUAUUUUUCGGUAAAUUAUCGUUGGAAUGGAAAGAUAAGACACAAGACUGAUAUAUACAUUCAACAUAUGCUACAUAAGUACUGUAUUUGUUUAUUAUAACGAUAAAUCAACAAGAUGGCAUUAACAUUAUUAACAUUGUUAAAGCGAUCCAUAGAUAGAAAGACUUGUAAUUCUUAAAAGAUAAAUAUUACCACAAGUUAUAGAAAUUAUAUAUUAAAACCCCUCUUAAUGUUUUGGUUUUAAUAAAAUUUGUAAAAUUUUCAAUCAAAAAAAUAAACUAGUAGCUCGCCAUUGUUGAUGUCAAUAAUUACACAAUGCUCAUGGUGCUCAAACCCAUAAAAUCAGUCGCACCCAAGCGCCAGCAGAGAGCGAUAAAACACCAAAAAACACAAGUAACAAGUGGACAUGACACUGUGCUGUCAUUUUAAUCUGUGUAAGCGGGGCAUGUUGCGUUAAAUGCGUCAAAUAUUUUAACGUGAUUAACUUAAAUAAUUAUUUACCACCCGUUAACGCGAUAAUUUUGACAGUCCUAAUAUAUAUAGAUUCAACAUACUGUACAUAAGUACUGUAUUUGUUUAUUACAACAAUAAAUCAACAAGCUGGCAUUAACAUUAUUAACAUUCUGUUAAAGCGAUCCAUGGAUAGAAAGACUUGUAGUUCUUAAAAGAUAAAUAUUAGCACAAGUUAUAGAAAUUUAAUAUUAAAACCCCUCCUUAUGUUUUCGUUUUAAUAAAAUUUGUAAAAUUUUCAAUCAAAAAAUAAACUAGUAGCUCGCCAUUGUUGAUGUCAAUAAUUACACAACGCUCAUGGUGCUGAAACCCAUAAAAUCAGUCGCACCCAAGCGCCAGCAGAGUGCGAUAAAACCCCAAAAAACACAAGUAACAAGUGGACAUGACACCGUGCUGUCAUUUUAAUCUGUUUAAGCAGGGCAUGUGCGUUAAAUGCGUCAAAUAUUUUAACGUGAUUAAUUUGAAUAAUUAAUUACCGACCGUUAACGCGAUAAUUUUGACAGCCCUAAUAUAUAUACAGCAGCUUUGAAUUUCAUAACACUUUGUGUAAUGACAAUAAAUGCAUUCUAUUCUAUUCUAUUCUAAAUACACACAUUCAUUAUUGAACAUAAAACUAUACAUUAAUUGACCACUAGCCAACUGAAGGCUUACGUUUAAGUGGAUGGAUUGGAUGUCUAGCGCCGUCACUGGCAGCCAAUGUGUGAAACGAGUACCCUGUAAGGGGUUAAUAAAAAAAUAAAAUAAAAAUAAAAAACAUGAUUAGAUGUAUAAAUAAAUUACCAUUUAUAUAAUUAUUAUUAAUUAAAUAAAAUGAUAUAAAAAUGAGAGUAAAAGUACAUAAUCAACAAAGAACUUUUUUUAGCUUCACUGUAGGCACGUUAAACUCUAAUCAAAACAUACAAAUUUAGCAGCUUUGACCACUAAAUUGAGUGUUUUAGGAGCAUUUAUAGCAUUAGUAGCAUUGAUAUAAAUGUAACAAAACCACUUUUUGUCUGUUUUACAGCCAUCCUGUGACUUUUUUAUCAACGACAUCGUUUGAUUGUGCGGCAACACGUCGUGCCUCGCUAGCUUAAACUGCUAAGCGGAUGUCCAAAUACUGCCAAUUUGUGGCACAAUUACCUCAUACCUGGUUCCGCUUUCUAUCAAAAGUCAAGAUUCUGGGAACAAUAAUGCCUUCCACUUGCUGCGUCCAUCUUUGCCAAAUAGCCUAUUCCAAAAAAAUAUAUCAAUAUGCAUUGUAGCCGUCGUAUAUGUUACACGCCUUUCUUAGGAAUAAAGUAUUAACCGGUAAUCAGUGUCUACCAUUGUUUAACCUUUGACAUACUGACAUUUGCAUGCAAACGAACACGUUUUUGAAGCUGUAAAGUAGCAAAACGGAUGAAAUAGUGAGUUGAUGAUGACUAGCCUAACCGCUAGUAAUGUGGUGCUUUUGUUGUGUUCGAUGUCAAAAGAAUAAACACUUACUCGCACUUGUCUCUUUCACAAUUAUUUGCAUGGAUAAUGAAUGCAGGUAGACAAAAACACAUUUUUAACA